CAUGCUUCUGCUGCUCACGUGACCUGUCAGGUCCGGGACUUGCAGGAAGAGGGUUGAUGACUCGUUUCUAGAAGGUGGGGAAACACAUUCAGCUCUGCGGGUCUGGUUGAAGAGCCAGCAGGCAGUGUUGUUGUGAUGGAGGGGGAAUCUGAUGCACUACUGACCGCCUUGACUGACUCUUUAAAAGUGUCAGAGUCAGAAAGUCACAACAAUGCAGAGCAGGAGGACGACCGCUUCUAUGACUGUGAAGAGGCAUUUCAUGCAGAGAGCACAUCACUUCCAGGACAGACCAUCGUAAACCACAUAGAGACGACACUCAGUACUACAUCUGAUGAGGGACAGCACACACACUUACAGAGACAUGCUCCUAAAGGGCCAGGUAACCCUGACGCAUCAAAUACAGAGAAAGAUUCAGCGGAUUCAGAGGUUUCUGAAACCCGUGAAGCCAGAGCUGCUAAAAGGAGGCAUGAGUCACUAGAGGAAAAUGCUGCGUUGGAUGAUGGAGUGCAUGAGGAACAGGAGCAAUGGGAGAAGACUGUAGAAGAAGAAGAGGAGGAAGAGGAGGAGGAGGAAAAGAGGACAGAUUCUGAUUCAGAAUUCAAGGAGGAAUCUACAGAGAAAUGUGAAUUUGAUGAGGAGUAUCUGCGAGAAGCAGAGAAAGACCUGACAGACGAAGAGAAAGAGAGCAGAAGAGCGGAGAGUAUGGCACUAAAAGAGAAAGGCAAUGCCCAAUUCAAAAGUGGAGAUCACAAAGAGGCUGAGGAAUUCUACACUUCUGCACUGAAGAUCUGUCCUGUGUGUUACAGCAAGGAAAGGUCCAUUCUCUUCUCUAACAGAGCUGCUGCGCGUCUUCACCUGGAUAAGAAAGAGGAAGCCAUUAGUGACUGCUCCAAAGCCAUAGAGUUAAACCCAAACUAUCUGCGCGCUAUUCUGCGGAGAGCAGAGCUGUACGAAAAGACAGAGAAGCUUGAUGAAGCUCUAGAAGAUUAUAAGAAUGUUUUGGAGAAAGACCCCAGUAUCCCAGCAGCAAGGGAAGCGUGCAUGAGAUUACCACGGCAGAUUGAGGAGCGGAAUGAGAAACUGAAAGAAGAGAUGCUUAGUAAACUUAAGGACUUAGGCAACAUGUUUUUGCGUCCGUUCGGCCUCUCCACAGCCAACUUCCAGGUCAACCAGGAUUCCAACACGGGAUCCUACUCUGUUAACUUUGUUCAGGGUCCUAACAACAACAACAGAUAGCAGCAUGGAAACCCGUUUGCCAAACAGACAGGAGACUAACAGACAAGACUAUAACGUGAGACAGCAAUGCCUCCUCAUUUAUUAAUGCUGCACUUCAGCAUUCUGUUCUUCAUACAGAUUUGACAGGUAAACUGUGGGGCUGUGUAUGUGUGCACUGCUUUGCUUGGACUGAUUUAAUUGAUUGACCCAUUAAAUUAUAAAAAAAAAAAAAAAAAAAUCAAAA